AUGGGACAAGCUUUAGGAUGCAUUCAAGUAGAUCAGUCCAAGGUAGCAAUCAAAGAAAAUUUCGGGAAGUUUAACGAUGUCCUUGAGCCUGGUUUUCACUGCAUGCCCUGGUGUAUAGGGAGCCAAGUUGCAGGCUACCUGACGUUGCGAGUGCAGCAACUAGACGUUAGAUGCCAAACCAAGACAAAGGAUAAUGUCUUCGUCAUAGCGGUUGCUUCGGUUCAGUAUCGAGCCUUAGCUGACAAAGCUGAAGACGCAUUCUAUAAGCUCAGCAAUACCAGGGAGCAGAUGAAUUGUCCUUCAUCAUGA